GAAGAUUGUGUAGGCUAAAUAUGAAUGGUUGUAUUCAUUAGCAAGAAGGCAAAUAGUUGGUGCAGGUUUUAUCCAUUUGUGUCCAUAUAUUUGGAAAGUCAGUUUUAAAAUAUUUAUGCGGACCAGCUUGUUUAUUUUGCCAUUGUUUGAAUGGUGGUAAAAUGAGACAGUCUGUUAAGCCCAGUCAAGCAUCAGUGUUUAAACAGUGCUGAGAAAUUUAAAAGUUCAAUCAAAAUCAAAGUGUUUGUUUAAUGUUUUCUUCAAUCCCAUGGCUGACUAAGCCAAACUAACACAAAUAGAGAGAAAUGUGCUUGUCUAAAAAGGUUUCUUGCUUGUGUUUCUAACCAUGGUUUAAUACUUUAUGUACAUUCUAUUUUGUUGUAUCAUUGACAUAUACAUUACCAACAUACAGACCAAGGGAGGAAGAAAUAUGGUUAAAAUUUGGCAAGCACUUUACAAAUCUAUUGCAAAAUCUAUGCCAGAUUAUUCUAUAUUUUAAUGUGAAUGCAUUUAAAAUCUAGCUAGCUAUUAAAUACUUACCUGAUCAAAACAGACAAAACAUCACAUGAACUCUACUGAUAAAUUUGUAUAAAUUUUUAAGCAAAGUACUCAUUUACCAGACCUUUUUCUUCUAUGUAGUGCUUAUGGUAAGGUAGGUUGCUUUGCGAUAAAGAAAGAACCUGGAUCUUCCAACAACUUGGCAAACUAUGUGAUGAGAAAACUCUCUUUAAACAGCUCUUCAAUGAUUCCACAGCCUGCGAACAAUAAUUUUAUAAUGUCUUCUGUUAGGGGUUUCACACAAAGCCAUUUUAAUUAUAUUUAGAGAUUUUACAGAGCUCAAUCCUUUCUUCUAAUCCAUAGUUUGCAUAUUUCAAAUCCAAAGCUUUUGUAUACCAUACUUGAAAACAAAUGGUUUAUUUUUAAAAUCCAUACCCAAUUAGGAUUUGUCAAAUUAUAUUAUUAUCUAUUGGUGGAAAAAGUUUUGUUUAAACAUGCAAUAGGCACAUUGUUGCUGCAGCAGAAUAUAUUGAAAAUGCUGCAAAGUCUAUGCACAAACAUUUUGGUUUAAAGAAUAUGUUUAAUAACUUAUAAAAGAAUGUGUAAAUUGUUUGUUAGGAAGUUUGAAAAUGUGUCUCGAGGGAGAAAAAUUUGUUUGCAAACAAAAUUUGCCAGAAAGGGAGAUAUUCCUUCCCCAGUUACUGGUAGACUGAUAUGUAAAUGAUAAUUUAUUAGAAAUCUUCUCACUAGUUGAUUAACAUGGACGUGGAAUGGCUGUGGAGCUCUUCAAGUCUCAUCAAGUAACUCUGCUCUGCUGGGUUCGUGUUAGCAGCGAAAUACCAAUGUUGUCUCCAUUUAUGAAUUAGCAAUACUUGUGUUGAAAUUACUCUUAGCAGGACAUUGUAAAAACCUUUGUACUCAGAAUCUAACAACUUCGAGUUUUGGGAAAAAUGGAACUUAACGAUAUUAACAUGAAGAUACAUGUUUACGUAUGAAUUUUUGGAAAGUUGUCGGAAUCAUAAGAUUUUGGUGCAAAUUUUACAUUGUCCAAACCUCAAUGAUGUGUCCCCACUGCCCCCCCCCCUCGUCGCUGUUAAAUAUACUAAUUUCUGGUGUCUUGUGUAGAGUGUGUUUUUAUGCUAUGAGUCUAAAGACACCAGACCCGUCUCAGAGGUUAGGAAGAAGCUAUGCAGAGAUCUUAAUGGAUCAACGAUUAAGAAAAGAGGAGGUUGAAACCAGGAAAGAAAUUAUGGAGAAGGCUAAAUCUGGAGAACUUCAAGUUCAACCUCAACCAAAACCAGCUGCCGAGAAGAAAAGACGUCGUUGGGAUCAACAAGGUGGUGAUGAUCCUCCAGCAACAAAGAAGAAAACUUGGGAUCAGAGCGAGGUAGCGACACCGUCUGCCAGUCGGUGGGAUGAAACUCCGGGUCGACCUAAGGGUGGUGAAACACCGGGUGGGGGCACACGAUGGGAUGAAACACCCGGGCGUGCCAAAGGAAGUGAGACACCAGGGGGGAGUACAACGCCACAUAAAGGUUCCGAGACUCCGGGUGCUACACCUAGUGCACGAAUGUGGGAAGCCACGCCAAGUCACGCCACUCCUGGCUCAGCAACACCUGGUAGUAUGACUCCUGGACAUUCAACACCAGGUUUAUCAACACGUCGUAAUAGAUGGGAUGAAACACCAAAGACAGACCGUGGUACUCCUGGGCAUACAACACCUGGCCAAUCUACACCAGGCUGGGCAGAGACACCAAGAACAGAUCGCACCGGCGCACAAACACCAGGGGCAACACCUACUCCUGGGAGUAAAAGACGAUCAAGAUGGGACGAAACACCAUCAACCCAGAUGGGUGGGGGGACACCUAUGAUUGGUACUAGUGGAGUUACACCUGCAGGAACAAAAGCCAUGCAAAUGUCCACACCAACACCAGGUCAAAUGAUUCCAAUGACCCCUGACCAGAGGCAAGCAUUCAGAUGGGAAAGAGAGAUUGAUGAAAGGAACAGACCAUUGACAGAUGAUGAAUUAGACGCUAUUAUGCCUAAGGAAGGAUACAAGGUAUUGGAUCCACCGCCUGGAUAUCAACCUCUCCGUACUCCGUCACGUAAACUAACUGCGACGCCCACGCCGAUGGGUUUCAGCGGUUUUACUAUGCAAACGGAGGACAGAAAUGCCAAACUUGUGGAAGAUCAACCUCCUGGAAAUCUUCCUUAUCUUAAACCAGACGACGUUCAGUAUUUUGACAAACUUUUGGUUGAUGUUGACGAAAGUACGUUGAGUGCUGAAGAACAGAAGGAAAGAAAGAUCAUGAAAUUGCUACUGAAAAUUAAGAAUGGGACGCCUCCUAUGAGGAAGGCUGCUUUAAGACAAGUGACUGACAAAGCUCGUGAAUUUGGGGCUGGUCCAUUGUUUAAUCAGAUUCUACCUUUGUUGAUGUCACCAACUUUAGAAGAUCAGGAACGUCAUUUAUUGGUUAAAGUUAUUGAUCGCAUUCUUUAUAAACUGGAUGACUUGGUUCGACCUUUUGUACACAAGAUUCUCGUCGUAAUCGAACCUUUACUUAUUGAUGAAGAUUACUACGCCCGAGUGGAAGGGCGGGAAAUCAUUUCAAACUUGGCGAAGGCAGCAGGUUUGGCGACUAUGAUUUCAACAAUGAGACCUGAUAUUGAUAACAUUGAUGAAUACGUUCGUAAUACAACAGCCAGAGCUUUCGCCGUGGUAGCUUCAGCCUUGGGCAUUCCGUCUUUACUGCCAUUCCUUAAGGCCGUCUGUCGUAGCAAGAAAUCAUGGCAGGCACGUCAUACUGGUAUUAAGAUCGUUCAGCAAAUUGCUAUAUUGAUGGGUUGUGCCAUACUUCCUCAUCUACGUAGUCUUGUUGAGAUUAUCGAACAUGGACUCGUCGAUGAACAACAGAAAGUGCGAACAAUUACAGCUCUUGCUUUGGCCGCUUUGGCUGAAGCAGCAACACCAUACGGUAUCGAGUCAUUUGACAGCGUCCUCAAACCUUUAUGGAAAGGUAUUAGACAGCACAGAGGAAAGGGUUUGGCUGCUUUCCUUAAGGCCAUUGGUUAUCUUAUACCGCUGAUGGACGCAGAAUAUGCAAACUACUAUACCAGAGAAGUAAUGUUGAUUUUGAUUCGAGAGUUCCAGUCUCCUGAUGAAGAAAUGAAGAAAAUUGUAUUGAAGGUAGUGAAGCAAUGUUGUGCAACGGAUGGUGUUGAACCACAGUACAUCAAGGACGAAAUUUUACCGGAAUUCUUCAAACAUUUCUGGCAACAUCGUAUGGCUUUAGAUCGACGGAAUUACAAACAAUUGGUGGACACAACGGUAGAGCUGGCAAACAAAGUUGGUGCUUCAGAUAUUAUUGGCAGAGUUGUUGAUGAUUUGAAGGAUGAAAAUGAACAAUACAGAAAAAUGGUCAUGGAGACCAUCGAAAAGAUCAUGGGUAAUCUCGGUGCAUCAGAUAUUGAUUCUCGUCUGGAAGAACAGUUGAUUGAUGGUAUUCUGUACGCGUUUCAAGAACAGACUCAGGAGGAUAUUGUCAUGUUGAACGGAUUUGGAACUGUUGUAAACGCUUUGGGUAAACGUGUCAAAGCUUAUCUUCCCCAGAUUUGUGGUACAGUGUUAUGGCGUCUGAAUAACAAGUCCGCAAAAGUUCGUCAACAAGCCGCGGAUCUCAUAUCACGUAUUGCACAAGUCAUGAUGACGUGUGGUGAGGAGAAAUUAUUGGGCCAUUUGGGUGUUGUAUUAUACGAGUACCUUGGUGAGGAGUAUCCUGAAGUCUUAGGAAGCAUACUUGGCGCUAUCAAGGCGAUUGUGAACGUUAUUGGCAUGAAUAAGAUGCAACCACCAAUCAAGGAUUUAUUGCCAAGAUUAACUCCUAUAUUGAAAAACAGACAUGAAAAAGUUCAAGAGAAUUGCAUCGAUUUGGUUGGUCGUAUUGCUGAUCGAGGAGCAGAACACGUCAGUGCAAGAGAAUGGAUGAGGAUCUGUUUUGAGCUGCUGGAAUUAUUGAAAGCGCAUAAAAAGGCAAUUCGUCGAGCUGCUGUGAACACGUUUGGAUACAUUGCCAAGGCUAUUGGACCUCAAGAUGUAUUGGCCACAUUAUUAAAUAACCUGAAAGUGCAAGAACGUCAAAAUCGUGUUUGUACCACAGUUGCCAUUGCUAUUGUUGCUGAAACAUGUUCACCGUUCACUGUGUUACCUGCGUUGAUGAAUGAAUACAGAGUGCCUGAAUUGAAUGUUCAAAAUGGUGUCCUUAAAUCAUUGUCGUUCCUGUUUGAAUACAUUGGUGAGAUGGGGAAAGAUUAUAUCUAUGCUGUUACGCCACUUUUGGAAGAUGCGUUAAUGGAUAGAGACUUGGUACACAGACAAACAGCCUGUUCAGCAAUCAAACAUAUGUCAUUGGGAGUUUUUGGGUUUGGUUGUGAAGAUGCGCUUGCUCACUUGCUAAAUUAUGUUUGGCCAAAUAUCUUUGAAACAUCGCCUCAUGUUAUAAACGCUGUGACUGAAGCAAUUGAAGGAAUGAGGGUGGCACUAGGUGCCCCGAAAGUACUGCAAUAUACACUGCAGGGUCUUUUUCAUCCCGCUCGUAAAGUUCGUGAUGUCUACUGGAAGAUCUACAACACACUCUAUAUUGGUGCCCAGGAUUCUCUUGUUGCUGGUUACCCUACUGUCGCUGAUGACGACAAACAUACGUUCGCAAGAGGAGAAUUAAUGUACUUCUUAUAGAUGCAUCAAAGAAACAAUGUAAAAAGUAAAUGAUAUUGCCAAGAUCAAAGUUGCAUGUAAUCCAUGAAAGGGAGCAAUUUUUAAUAAACUAAGAUUUUAAAACCCGAUGUUCUUGCAGUGUUCACAUGUAGAGUAGUCUAAAAUUUCUUGUGUUCAUUUAUAAGAAUUUAAGUGGACAAGUGCACUACAUACAUGACACUGUGUGAAAAUAUUGGUAAUAUUGAAAUGUAGGUUUGUUCCUAGCAUGUUGUUGCUCAAGAUAACUAUAUUUUAACGUCUUAACGUGCAAUGGAUGCUCCCUUUGACGUGGACGUAACUUCAGUAUCAUUUUAUACAAAUUUUUCCUAUUUCGCGAUGUGCUUAUACUGCAGGUUAUAAUCCAGACAGGUGUUUCCGUGUAAUAUUUGCAUAGUAUAUCCGUAUGUUCUUGAAAGUUGUAUCCAUAGUUUUGAUCCAU